UUGAAGGACGAUGAAAUGCGCAGUCGCAUGUUUGUGACGUCAAAGACACGUUCCGGUCGCACAUGGGAGUUCAAAACAGCUCCGACAACAGGCAGCAUGGGGAAGAACAAACAAAAGGGGAAAAAACCCAAAAACGUCUUCCAAGUGGCCAACAAGCCCAUAAAGAUCAAGAGCAAAGCCAAAGCCGUCACCACCGCCCUCAAACACAUCAACGCUGGGAAGAAGGAGAAGGUGGAAAGCCUGAAUAAAAUGUUCUCUGAAGUUCAGAGGGACCUAACCAGCGUCUCCAAGACGACCCAACGCCAACCACAGAGGACAGCGCAGAUGAUCAAAGAGCCGCCGAAAGAACCAGUGAAUGUGGACAACGCGGCCCGCCUGUUUUCUCAGCUUUAAUGGACCAGAAUCAGCAGAGAAUGCCUCUCUAACGGACUCCCAUGUCACAAGAAAUGUGCUGAAACGACGUCGGGACGCUCACGCCGACGCCAGGACGCUCACGCCGACGCCAGGACGCUCACGCCGACGCCAGGACGCUCACGCCGACGCCAGGACGCUCACGCCGACGCCAGGACGCUCACGCCGUCAUCUUUAUUCAGGAAAACAGUCAAAGGACAUUUAGUUUAUGAUUUCUUUUUAAAAAUACUGGGGAAAAGAGCGGUUUCCUGACUCACAAAAAUCAAAAAAUUGCUGUAAAUCAACAAAUAUGAAAAAAAAUUGUUAUAUAUUGCUUCGCAGACUUCCUUUGGAUUUGGUUUCAUGUUAAUUAUUAGAAAGAAGGCUGCUGACGAUGUUUGUUUCAUGAAUGCCUUCACAGCAUAUUAUAGAAAUGGUUUAUUAUUACGCAAAAUAAAUCAAAGUUAAUGAAAAAUCUGA